AUGGCGUGCUGUAGCGGGAAAACGAACACUGCAGCUAAAUCCAAAAUUAUAAUCGCUAUACAUGGACAAUAUCCGAGUGGAGAUGCUGCAAGCGAAUUGCAAGCAAUAACGCUGUACGCUGAAUUGGGUACGUUACUAGCAAUGCAGAUUUACACUGGCAUAAACGAACUCAAAUUGGAUGAAUUUCUCAUGUUAUCCUAUUUUCUGUGCCAUGCAUUUCCCAUUUAUCAUUCAAUGAUGGGUAAAAUUAAUCUGCCAUCGGACAUCGUCCAAUCAUUGCCCAUCGAAAAACAUUUGAAGCUAUAA